UUUUAAUUAUUUUUAUUUUACAAAAGAAGGCUUACCUGAAACAGGAAUAUCAUGAGGGAGUGAGGCAUGAGAUUUCUUACUAAACAGCCAAAAGUAAAAAACAGAUCAAAGAAUAAGACUAGUGGAAACUCGUCCUUUGGUCUUCUUAAUACUUCUUCAGCUGUUAUCCAGGUGGAAACUGCAAAAUCUUAUUCAAUUUCAAUGAAAAAUGUGGUAAUCAAUGUUUCAGUUGAGGACCGUAAGAAAAUUAUUUUUGAGCAAUCUAAUGCAUUAGCAGAAAGUGUAAAUGGCCAAAUUCUUAUUCCAAAAGGUUUGCUUGACGAGGUUGUAAAUCUUGUUGAGGCACCUUUUCCCGUGCUUGGAAAGUUUAAGGAAACCUUCUUAGAUCUUCUAAAAGAUCUUUUGACUAUGGUUAUGCAAAAGCAUCAAAAGUAUUUUGCUGUAUGUGAUGCUAAUGGACAAUUAUUGCCUUAUUUUGUUGCUGUUGCAAAUGGAGCAAUUGAUGAGACUACAGUGAGGAAAGGAAAUGAAGCUGUGCUCUGGGCUCGCUAUGAAGAUGCUAAGUUCUUUUAUGAGAUGGACACUUGUAAAAGGUUUUCAGAAUUCCGAAAGCAACUGAAAAACAUUCUCUUUCAUGAGAAGCUUGGAACCAUGCUGGAUAAGAUGACUCGUGUUGAAAACAUGGUUACUAAACUAAGUUGCCUCCUAGAUAUCAAUGAAGAUGUGCAACAAAUUAUCCGGGAUGCUUCCUCACUUGCUAUGUCUGUUCUUGCCACUGCAGUUGUCACUGAAUUUACAUCACUUUCAGGAAUUAUGGGGCGUCAUUAUGCCCUUAGAGAUGGAUACUCAGACCAGAUUGCAGAGGCCUUGCUUGAGAUCACACUUCCUAGAUUUUCUGGGGACAUACUUCCCAAAAGUGAUGCUGACAUAGUUUUGGCAAUUGCUGAUAGAUUAGAUAGCCUGCUAGGUUUAUUUACUGCUGGUUGUCAACCUAGCUCCACAAAUGACCCGUUUGGUCUACGAAGAAUUUCAUAUGGUCUUGUUGACAAGGGGGUGAAUGCAGAAUUUGUUCGAUCGAUCCUUGUAGAAAGAGCAAAUUUUCCCUGUCUUGCAGCAAAAUCAGCGUAUAAAAUGGAAGAAUUAUCUAAAGGAACCUUUUCCUAAAGUUGUUGAAGCAUACUCCUGGCCAACAAGAAUUGUCCGUGGGAAAGAAGAUGAACUUCAUAUGGAGGUGGACGAGACUGCUUUUGUGACAAAUGAAGAGAGUGUUUUAUGCGGCACAUUUUUGUCAGUCAAAAAGAGUAUCAAUCCUGGUUUUGGCAUCGAUGAUUUUGCAGAAAUUUCAUGUCAGUUAAUACAGCCGCUUGAGGAUUUCUUCAAUAAUGUCUUUGUAAUGGUGGACGAUGACAAGAUCAGAGUAAACAGGUUAGCUCUGCUAAAAGGAAUUGUUGAACUCCCUAAAGGAAUAGCAGACCUUACUGUUCUGCCAGGAUUUUAAGGAUUGGUAAAAUUAUUUAUUUCCAUAGGAUAUAGACCAUAUUUUUUUUAGGCUCCAAAAGUUUUGACCAAUUAGGCCAUAUUUAUUUUUUUCGCCCUCUUGAUUGUUGUUUGGGUGAUGCUAGGUGCACCAGUGUUAUUGCUUGUGCACCUAGUAAUUUUAAUUAAUUCCGUAAAUGUUCUUGUGC